ACCCAUAGCCAUAUUACCAAUCCCAUUUCUCUCUCUCUCUCUCUCUCUCUCUCUCUCACCUCUCUCUCUCUUUAGCAUGGAAUACUAUGGCAAGAGAACUUUGUUCAGCUUCAUAGAUGAAGAGAAAAAGACAAUUCAAUCACCAACUCACCUCUAUGGCCUCCAAAUCCAUCAACAAAUAUCAGAACAAGAUGGCCAUUUUAGCCCUCCAAGGCCUUCUACACCCACUUCCACUAUGUAUUCUCCACUCCCACCUCCAAGCCCUGAAUCACCAUGGACUCUCUCCCCUCUCCAAACACCAUCCCCCUCUCUCCUCUACCACUGCAUCGCCUCGCGUCACCGCCAAGAAGGCAACAUCUACUCCAUCACCGUCUCCAAAGGAGUAGUCUACACUGGCUCUGAGAGCCGCCGGAUUCGUGCAUGGCGCCAGCCGGACUGCAUCGAGCGCGGGUACCUCAAGGCGAGCUCCGGCGAAGUCCGGGCCAUCCUAGCUUAUGGUAACAUGCUCUUCACUUCACACAGGGAUCACAAAGUCCGAAUUUGGAACGUCACGAAUUCGGAUAAUUUCAGGUCCAAAAAGGUCACAACCCUACCUAGAAAAAACUCAUUCCUCUUGUUUUCUAGGGCAAGUGGGCACCAACACAAGGAUUGUGUGUCCUGCAUGGCUUAUUACCAUGCAGAAGGGCUUUUGUACACUGGGUCAUGGGACAGAACAGUCAAGGCGUGGCGAAUGUCCGAUAAUCGGUGCGUGGACUCAUUUUUGGCUCAUGAAGAUAAUGUGAAUGGCCUAGUGGUGAACCAAGAUGAUGGGUGUGUUUUCACAUGCUCAUCUGAUGGUUCGGUCAAGAUUUGGAGGCGAGUAUAUGGACAGAACUCGCAUACUCUCACCAUGACACUUAACUUCCAGCCGUCGCCUGUCAAUGCACUGGCCUUAAGCACAUCACUGAGGUCUUGCUUCCUCUACUCCGGUUCGUCCGACGGAUUCAUAAACUUUUGGGAAAAAGAGAAGAUGUCUGGUAGGUUUAACCAUGGAGGGUUCUUACAAGGGCAUAGAUUUGCAGUGCUUUGCUUGGUGUCCAUAGAGAAGUUGAUAUUCAGCGGAUCGGAGGACACGACGAUUAGGGUUUGGAGGAGAGAGGAAGGGAGCUGCUUUCAUGAGUGCCUUGCAGUGUUGGAUGCACAUAGAGGGCCAGUGAGGUGUUUGGCUGCUUCAUUGGAGAUAGAGAGGGUUGUGAUGGGUUUUUUGGUUUAUAGUGCAAGUUUGGAUCAGACUUUUAAGGUGUGGAGGGUUAAGGUGUUGCCUGAUGAGAAGAAGGUGUGUUUGGAUGACAGGACUCAUGAAAUGAAGAAGAAGAUCAUGGAGUAUGAAAUGAGUCCUGUGUUAUCUCCUUCAUGGGUAGAGAAGAAACUUCAAGGUAAUAACCACCCUUUUCAUUAGAUUUUAAUGUAGAGAGGGACAGUGCAUGGCAGCAAUUAUUCUUAUUAUUUCAUGAUGAAAGUACAUGGCCUGUUCCAUACUUGUAUAUAUAUAUAUAUAUAUAUAUAUAUAUAUAUGAUGAAAGUACAUGGUCUGUUCCAUACUUGUAUACAAAUAUAAUAUACAUAUAUGAUGAAAGUACAUGGUCUGUUCCAUACUUGUAUACAAAUAUAAUAUAUAUAUAUACAUAUAUAUAUAUAUAUAUAUAUAUAUAUAUAAAGUUAUGUAUUAAUGUAGAGAGGGACAUGCAGUGAAUGGCAUGUGCACAAAUGCUAGCUAACAUGGUAUUAUUUUUGUUAUUUCAUGAAAGUGACUGGGCUGUUCCAUACAUAUAUAUAUAUACAUAGUUAUGCAUUUAUAAUGUAUUGUUUAUUUCUAUUUAAUCUAAGGCUCCGAUUGGAUACACAUGAUAGAAAAUAAAGAAAAUGAUAAUAGUUAUUCAUUUAGAAAACUUUGACUUACUACCACAUUUUAUUUUUGAAUCAUUUGAUGUCAUUUUUAGUCAUAUUCCUUUCAUAUACUUAUAUAUUAUUUAUAUCUCAUAUUAGAGGUAUAUUUCGGUAACUUUGACUAACAAAAAUUGUGAGUAAAUUUUUUUGAAUUGGACAACUAAUAUAGGACGGAAGGAGUAUAGGAGAAAAGAAAAGAAAAAAAAAUAAUAUCAAUAAUCUCUAUUCAUGUUUGGAUAAAUAGAAGAGAUUAAAAAAAUAAAAAUAAAAA